GUUAGUCGCUCUCGGUCAAGGAGAUGGGACUUGGAGGUGAAGAGCAUCAGCCGAGACGGCGAGGACUGCAUAGGAGCUUGCCACUGGGUCUUCAAGUCAACCUCCCGAUCAAUUCCAACAGAAUUUGAGAGCCGCAGUCAGCCCUUGGAUCCAUCAGUCCUGUGGAGCAGCACGAAGAGCACUGACGCCCACAGUCGGCCUAAUUGGUCAAUUCCUUCCGCAAAGCCCAAUGCAUUGGAGCAGUGGAGGGCAAAAGCUCCUGCAAAGCUUGCAUCCAAACAACUCCUUCCUGGACCCAGCUUUUGGCACUCGCACGGCCGUGGGAAAGGCCGCUACGGCUACUCUGAUGGAAGUCGAACAACCAGGAAGAAGCCGCAGUCUUGGUCUUCCACGCAAGAAUCGUUCUUGGGCCGGUCGGGGCGAGGAAUUGACAGAUGGCUGGACAACGCCUCCUACGACUCAAGCUUAAGAGCCUCCAGCUUGUUCAUUGGAACCCUGGAGGAAGAGCAAAUCCGGGGUCGGCACAGCGGGCCAAAGUUCUGUCCAACUGCUGCCAAGAAGCUGAGUGCCCUGACAACUGCCGUCCUGACCCCCCGCUAG